AUGACUCAAGAGAUAUUUUAUAGCAUAAGGAAUCAUCAAAAAAAAGGAAUAAAGCAUAUAAGCUUUAUACAAAAUAAUGGUCAAUCUUCUCUUUUUUCCGUUUCGGAUGACGCACUUACUAUUUAUUCUAAUCGCGAACAACCAAAAGGUGGAUUAGACUUGGAACCUUUUCUUAAUCUUAGGAAAAUCACUUUUCAGGACAAUAUUCAAUUGGAUAAUUUAGAAAAUAUCGACAUUAGCAAAAAUGAAAAAUUAAGCAAAAUAGUGAUAGGAUCAAAUAAUG